AUGAAGGGAAUUACUUUAGCUACUGCGGCUGUUCCGCUUCUUCUCAGUGUGGGAGUUGCAGCUUACAAGCUGCAAUGGGAUGUUACUUCUAGCAACUUUCUGGACCAUUUCGUUUUUGAUACCGAAACUGACCCAAGUAAUGGUUUCGUCACCUAUGUUGACGAAAGCAGGGCAUCUAGUGGAGGCCUCUACAGUACCAGCAACGGCCAAAUUUUUCUAGGUGUCGAUAAUACCACCGUUCUCGACUCAUCUGCCACAGGUCGAAACUCGGUCCGUGUCUACAGCCAAAAUACCUUUAGCAGCGGCAUUCUCAUCACAGACUUUAAACAUUUGCCUGUUGCGGUUUGUGGUAUCUGGCCGGCAUAUUGGACCAUCAAUAAUCUUGCGGACCCUUAUGGUGAAAUCGACAUAAUAGAAGCCUACGACGACGUCAGCAACGCCUACACUUCCCUGCACACGAGCAGUAAUUGCACUGUCUCGGAUACGGACUUCACUGGAACCGAUGUUCGUACUGACUGUACAUUGAGCACGUCUGCUAGUGGCUGUGGAGUUGAAAGUACAGCGUCACAGUUUGGAGCCGGAUUCAACUCUGCUGGAGGUGGAGUCUGGGUUCUCUCUCUCUCAGACUCGCUUCAGAUCUGGGUAUUUACAAGAGACAAUAUCCCGGCUGACAUCACAGAUGGUAGCCCUAAUCCAUCCGGCUGGGGCACCCCAUUAUUCGAGUUUGAUUCUACCAGUGAUUGCGGGGUUUCUAGCAACUUUCUUAAUCAGACUGUGAUCUUCAACAUCGAUUUCUGCGGUGAAGAAGAUGCAGGCGGCAAGGAGUGGGCAACCUGGACGGAUUGUUUGGCCACAACAGGUGUAUCGACGUGCAAUGCUUACGUCGCUGCUAAUCCGGCGACAUACUCAGAAACCAACUUUGUGAUCAACUCGAUCAAGCUGUAUCAAUGA